AUGCCAGAGGAGUGGGGAUCGACGAAGUCGCCGGAGAGGGUGGGGAAGGAGGUGGAGCAGAAGAAGCAGGAGGAGCAGAAUCAGCAGCAGCAGCAUGGGGGGUGGAAGUACGAGCUGGGGAAGACGCUGGGGGAGGGGAACUUCGGGAAGGUGAAGUACGCUCGGCAUGUCGAGACCGGCCGAGCGUUCGCCAUCAAGAUCCUCGACAAGCAGCGGAUUCUCUCCCUCAAGAUCGAUGAUCAGGUCAGUGAGGAUGUUGCAACUGUCAUAUCGACAAAAUUGCUUGGAGCUUGAGUUUUUUAAUCAUGGAGUAGAAACAGACGCGUACAGGGUAUGAGAAGGGGAGAGAGAGAGAGAGUUGCAGGCGAAUAUGUUUCUGGUUAAUUCUGGGAAGCGUUGCCUUUUGCCUUGGUUUUGUCUUUGGUUGGGAUCAGAAGAGAAUUAAGAAUAACGAAUCGAGAACAGAGAGGACCAUCCUUAGGUUAACGUUUCGAUUCUUCGGAGGGGGGGGGGAGGGUAGAAAACGGAGAGAGGGAGUGCCGUGGAGGGAUACUGCUAUUCCCGUUUCUAGCCAUUUGUUUUACUCGCAAUGUUCUUCUCUGGUAACUAACCGGUGAUUGAAGCCCCUUUGAUCUCUUUCUCUGAUCUAUUUUUUUCCCUCUCUCGGUAACAGAUAAAGAGGGAGAUUGGGACAUUGAAGCUGAUGAAGCAUCCCAACGUCGUCCGGCUCUAUGAGGUGAGGUACCUCUUUUGUACGCGUCCUCCGUUUCGAUUGCCUGGUCUUAUCAACCGUCCCCCCCUCCCAUGUGGGUCUCUUGUUCUUAUUUUAUGAUAAGUGAAUCCAGGAACUUCUAUCCAUUCCGUCUUCUACUCUUUACUUUUGGAAGGAUACGCUCUCGAUUUCUCAUUCCUCCGUUCAGAGUUUCUUUUUAUCUUUCCCCGUGGCUGGAAUACAAGAUGAUCCAGUGAGAGCCUUCUGGCUUCGGAUCUGUCUUCCUCCCAAUUCUACCGACCUGGAAAUAGGGCCUCAUGCUGGAAUGAACCGCAUCGAUUCGGCGUGGGCUGAGAGGCGGGAACCUUUCACAUGGGGGGCCGCGGACCUGGUGGUAGGGCAUGCUGCCUCUCUCAUGGCGGUGCCGGUGCCGGUAGUGGUGACCACGUCCCGCCAGGUCCUCCCCCAGAAAAAAAACACCUGUGCCAAAUGUGCGGGGACAAAUCCCACCGUCUUCUCUCCUCAAAAUUCCCAUUUUCUGUACAUCCGAAAGCGAUGGACGGAGGAUUGGUGAACAUCGAAGCAGAGUUUUCGUCUUAUCCAUCUCGAGGCUGGUUUAUUCCAUCGGGGACCUCGGGUCUAUUAUUUAUCUGUUCGAAUAAUGCUGCCAUCUCAUCGUUUCUCCACUCUUGGGCUCCUCUUUUCUCUCUCAGAACAACUCCUUGGCCUCUCGCGUCCAUCCGGACAAUAAUUUUGGUGGGUUGGGGUGGAGGGUUGCCACAUCAUCUACGAAGGCAUCCCUCCCCAGGCUAAGCCACAACUUGGUGGACGACGAUCGAUGGGAUAUUUUGUUUCCUCUAGCGGAAAAUGCUCGAACACCUUUCAUGGCGUGUUGGCGAUCGAUACCGCGUGAGAGGGGCGGGUCUAUUUGUCUUGAAGCGAAGGUACAACUGCCGGUCAAGCUUCGAGGGUCCGUGCCCACCCUCCACGAAGGAAGGCCAUAUUUGCAAACCAGUCUGUCUUCUUCUGGAAGGUUGUGUUGAGUAAAUGCCUUCCAUGGGGAUUUCCGGUGCUAAUCCUGAUCUUCAGCUCCAUGAUCCUGCUCCCCUGUUGGAGGGCGUCGAACUUAACUUAUGCUGUUUUAUCUGCGUGACUUUUUCCUCUAGUGUUCUCAUUUCUUUGCAAUCUCUUCGCCGAUUACAGUAAUUUUUGAUUUAAAGAUGGUAAUAAUUUCUGAUUUAAUUUCUGUUCGGCAGGUCUCGGCGAGCAGGACUAAGAUCUAUAUGGUUCUGGAGUACGUCAACGGGGGAGAACUCUUUGACAAAAUCGUAUGUGGUGUUCAUAUCACAUCUGGGAAUCCAUGGAAACUUUCGAUGAAAAAUCGUAUAUGAGGGACCGGUGCUCAUUCUUUCUCUGUUUGAUUCAAAACCACAGGUGUCGAGAGGUAAGUUUCCAGAGCCCGAAGGGCGAAAAUUAUUCCAGCAGCUGAUCGAUGGCAUCAGCUAUUGUCAGGGGAAAGGUGUUUGUCACAGGGAUUUGAAGGUAAAUGACGUUUGUGUCCUCUCAGAAUUUCUAAACAUGUUAAAUUCGGGGAUUCGCUUCUUUUUAUCCGCCGCCUCUGAAAAUCUGUGGAUAGACGAAGAAAAAUUGCACCGAUUUCCGUCGAAGACCAGAUCCUGCGUAUUUCAUCCUAUACUCGGUAGAUCUUUUGUGCCUUCAGACGUGAUUUCUAUAGUCCUUUAAUUUUCUUCUUCAGCCGGAGAACAUUCUCGUCGAUUGCAAAGGGAACAUAAAGAUAUCCGAUUUCGGCCUCAGCGCCUUGCCGCAGCAUCUGGGGGUACGCCCACUCUCCGCAUCGACUCCUUCCUUCCUUCUCCUGCUUUGGCCUACCCAGAUGAUACCCUGAAAUAAAUUCUCAAACCCACCGUCGACAUAAUUUUCAGAACGAUGGUCUGCUCCACACCACCUGCGGAAGCCCAAACUACAUCGCACCUGAGGUGGGCACUUGGAUUCCUAAUCUAUAGCGCUGGUGGGCGCAAGAUCGUACCCCUUUCGCCUUUAUUUUUCUCACAGGCUGUGGGUUUCUCUUGGCAAAAUGUCGUAGAUUCUGGCAAACAGAGGCUACGAUGGCGCUGCGUCGGAUAUCUGGUCUUGCGGCGUGAUCUUGUACGUUAUUCUCACCGGCUACCUCCCAUUUGACGAUAGAAACCUCGCCGUCCUCUACCAGAAGGUACACGCCUUGAAAAACGCCUUCAUCGUUCAUCUCUUCUCGUUGACUCUUAGAAACUGGAAGCCUUCUGCGCGCUGACCUUCGUCCCUGUGGUCUGGUUUUAGAUCUUCAAGGGCGAAACCCAGAUUCCGAAUUGGCUUUCUCCCGGUGCGAGGAGGAUGAUCCGGAGAAUCCUCGAUCCCAACCCGAAGACGAGGUUGACCGUCGACGACAUCAAGGCCGACGACUGGUUCAAGGAGGGCUACACUCCAGCGGUGCCCGACGAGGACGACGAGGAUGCCCACCACGACAGUGAUGAAUUCUCAGUCAAGGAGGUCAGCUCUCGUCGGCCACCAUGCCAUUCAAGCAAAAAAAAUUGAUUGUUCUCUCCUCAAUAUCUUAGUCAUUCAUGGUCUUUCAUUUGCCGUGUUUGGAAAAGGCCUCCGCCAUGGGAGAGCAGGAGAAGGUUCCUUCGUUCAUCAACGCCUUCGCCCUGAUCGGCAUGUCCUCCUCCCUCGACCUCUCCGGGUUCUUCGAGAAGGAGGUGAGCUUCUUCUUCUUCCUCUUCUUCUUCUUCUUCUUCCUCCAGUGGUGUGAUGAAGCGGCGGGCGAGCUUACAUAACCUGACUGAUCUCAGGACGUCUCCGAGAGGAAGAUCAGAUUCACCUCGAGCUACUCCUCAAAACACAUGCUGGAAAAGAUCGAGAAUAUCGUCACGGGAAUGGGUUUCCACGUCCGGCGGAGGCAUGGCAGGGUAAGAACCGAAGCAUUCUCUUCGCGCAGCAGGCCGAGGGUUUCUUUAAAACCCUAGUUGCAAGAACUUAUCGUCUCUCUCUCUCCAUCUCCUUCAGCUGAAGGUCACUCACCCUGGGAAGGGCUCCAAGACCCACGGCCAUCUAUCCGUUGCGGCAGAGGUAACAUCCUCCUCCUCCUCCUCCUCCUCCUCCUCUGAAUCUGCCAGGGAACCGUAAGUUCCGCGACCAUCUUACUACUUUGAGUAUAUUUCAGGUUUUUGAGCUCAGCCCAUCUCUCUAUGUCGUAGAGCUUAGAAAAUCAUCCGGCGAACCUUCUUCCUAUAGACAGGUACAGCCCCUCUUUCUGGAUUGCUCUCACAAAAUCAAAUCGUGAGCUGACAGCCCCGACCCUCGUCGGUACAGCUCUGCGCGAAGCUCGCCGAGGAGCUUGGCGAGUCCAAGGGCCAGGCUCAGAUCUCAGACUUCGGGGGCCAUGGCGGGGAAUUGUCGGUCUCCGCCUUGUAA